UUCAGAAUUUAAACUUAGCAUAAAAUUUUCUUUAUUCAUACGACACCAUUCAUCUGAAAUAUGAAUGAGCUUGUGAAGCAAAGUGACCAACAAAUAGACUAUAAUCAGGUAACAAUUGAAACAACAAAGUUGAACUCGAAAGUGACUCCAAUUGAAAAUGUUAUACUCAAUAGCUUCAAUGAGCAAACUGGAAGGUUCAACCAAGAACAUUGUACAUCACCAACAGUGAACGUUCUUGAAGCCAAAAGAUCAUUUCUUCGUUUGCAAACUCGAUCCAUUGUCAAUGAAAUUGAUAAUAAAUGGAUAACUCGGAUUCAAAAGAAAUAUCGCAAGCUCUUCAUGCUACUUGGCAUUAUCAUCAUCGCCUACAAUACAACUCAUAAUUCACUCAUGUUGUUCAAAGUGCUGCCAGUUCCAAACACUUAUCCACUCAUUUCAGGACAAACGUCGACAUUCGUCAUCAUUUUUCUAGCAGAUGGCCUUUUCUGUUUGAUUGCCUAUUUGGGACUCAUUUAUCGGACAGAUUUUACAGAUUUUGAGCUGAAAUGGAAGUCAAUUGGAAUCUCUUCCCAAGAUCCUUUCUUGGACCGAAUGCUGAAAAGAACGGCUCGAGAAAUUGCGAUUUGCAGUAUCGUAUCUUUGCUUGGUUGGUUAAUCACUUUGUUAGUAUUUACUUGGACUGUUAUUCAAAAUGAUUGGGAUCAGGGAAUGGUGCAUGUAACAAUGGAAAUUGUUCAUAUUUUCAGCUAUAUUUUUAUUCCUUUCUUUGCUUGGGGUAAAUUUCAUUCUCUUUACACUUGUUCCAUGAUUAUUCGCUCCGUGUUUACCAUGAUUGGAAAGAGAAUGUUGAAUCAACCAGAAACAUUUUGGAAUACUGAGACACUCCGAUUUUAUCGGCAAAUGUAUUCACGAACAAUUGAUCUCACUGAAUCUAGCAAUACCAUUUGGUCAAGAUACUUGUCCUUUUUUUAUCCAAUGCUCAACCUUUUUGCCAUUAUUAUAGUGUAUUAUAUUAUUUCUGGACCUUUGAACCUGUUUCGUUAUGUUGUAUUAGGUAUUCUUGAUUUCACUGCAUUUUGGGCUAUUUUUUUCACCAAUAGAUACAUUGUUGGCAUUAAUGUGGAAGCAGCCUCGAUUUAUAAUAUUGUUUAUGGAAAAAGUUUAUUCCGCAAUAAUGUUGAUUACAUGAUAGAGGCUUCCCUGUUUUUGGAAAGGAUCGGACGAGAAGAUGUUGGUUAUAGCUAUGAAGGACUGUUCGUUUACUCUCCAAGACUAAUGACUUCUAUUCUUACUCUGGCUGUUACAAUUAUCAUUGCUUUUCCUUCUUUCGUGUCCAAAUAGCCAUGUAUUGAGAUUAAACAUGUUUCAGAGCAACGGAAGUACUGUUCAAGUUUUCAGUAAAUAUUUAUGAAUAUUUAUCAUUGAACCGAUUGAAUACAUUGAUGAGGAUAAUGAAGCAAAUAGCGCCGAAGAUGCCUUGAAACUGGAUAAUUUGAUUUCUAAAGUUUGUAUUCAUCAACUAGAUGCUGAAGGAGGCUGUUUACAAGGAGGUUGUCUGGCCGAAUGCCGAAUAUGUUCCUCUGUGAGCCUUGAAGGCUACAAACCAGCCGGAGAAUCCGCGUUCACUCUUGAUCUGUUUCAAAAAAGGCGAUCCUCUGUAUUGAAAAUAACGAGACAUUUCUCCUUUCAAGCCCAAAUUAAUGAAUGUAAUCUAUGCGUGGUCUAAAGGUGCUACUGAUGCUCA